CUGGCUUGGGGUGGACAUGCUUGGCUCUGCGGCCAAGCUGGACUCUGCUGUUUGUGGUCCGGGAGGGAAAAUGGUAUCCCCGAAGGUGCUGCUUUGGGCUCUUGAGGCGAUCCUUCCUCCGAUAGCAGCCGAGAAGCCUUGAUGGGUCUGCGGUGCCCUCUCUGCCCACUCAUCCCUUUCUCUCAGUCGGCGGCCGGGCCGGUGACUCAUUGACUUGGCGGUCCUGGGUUUGGGCUAAGAUUAGGGGAGCUAAGAUGUUGCCGGAAGAAGCCGCCUGUGGCCCACCGGAAUCUUUUGGGAAGGCUGCUUAGAGCAGGGACAACCUCUGAGCCACCCUUAUCUUUAGCUGAAACUUUUCUGUCUUCUGGUUUCAUUUAUAACAAGAAUGUCAGAAUUGACAAGAUUCCGUUCCUCAGUACAAGCCUUUAUCUACCUAUGGAAACAUCUUUUAUUGUAGACUGAUUUACCAUCGCCACAGCAAAGUAACUUCAUUGUAAUCAAAAGAAAGAACUUCAGGGAUUGAUUGUAAAACAGUUUGAAAAUGGAAUCAGUUUCAGAGCUAAGCGAGGAAUUAGAUGCUGUCACCAGUGAGCUACAAGCAAUAGAGAUUCAGAUACAAGAACUUCUGGAAAGACAACAAGAGCUUAUUCAGAAAAAGACCACCCUAAAGAAGAAAAUAAAGGAAUCUCUACAAGAUUCAAGUGCUGGGGCAAGCUCAGAAUUGGAUUCUUCACCUGAGGGCUGGAACAAACAAGAUUAUCCGUGGUCUGGGAAAGUUAAAGAUGCCAUGCAGAAUGUCUUUAAACUGGACAAGUUUAGGCCUCUACAGCUUGAAACUAUCAAUGUAACAAUGGCUGGAAAGGAAAUAUUUCUUGUGAUGCCUACUGGGGGUGGAAAGAGCUUGUGUUACCAGUUACCAGCUGUCUGUUCUGAAGGUUUCACACUUGUGAUCUGUCCUUUGAUUUCUCUUAUGGAAGAUCAGUUAAUGGUUUUAGAACAAUUGGGAGUUUCAGCUACUAUGUUAAAUGCUUCCAGCACUAAGGAACAUGUGAAAUGGGUUCAUGCUGAAAUGGUAAAUAAAAACUCUAAGCUAAAGCUCAUUUAUGUUACCCCAGAGAAAAUUGCUAAAAGCAAAAUGUUUAUGUCAAGGCUGGAGAAAGCCUAUGAAGCAGGAAGAUUUACUAGAAUUGCUGUGGAUGAAGUUCAUUGCUGUAGUCAAUGGGGACAUGAUUUCAGACCUGAUUAUAAGGCACUUGGUAUCUUAAAGCGGCAGUUUCCCAAUACAUCACUAAUCGGUUUAACAGCAACUGCUACCAAUCAUGUUUUGAAGGAUGCUCAGAAAAUUUUAUGUGUUGAGAAGUGCUUUAUAUUUACAGCAUCUUUUAAUCGGCCAAAUCUUUAUUAUGAGGUUCGGCAGAAGCCCUCGAACACUGAAGAUUUCAUCGAGGACAUUGUGAAGCUCAUUAAUGGGAGAUACAAAGGACAGUCUGGAAUCAUAUAUUGUUUUUCACAAAAGGACUCUGAGCAAGUCACAGUUAGUUUACAGAAGCUGGGAAUUCAAGCAGGUGCUUACCAUGCAAAUAUGGAACCAAAAGACAAGACUCAUGUUCAUAAAAAAUGGUCAGCAAAUAAAAUUCAGGUAGUAGUGGCAACAGUUGCAUUUGGAAUGGGAAUUGAUAAACCAGAUGUGAGAUUUGUUAUUCAUCAUUCAAUGAGCAAGUCUAUGGAGAAUUAUUACCAAGAGAGUGGACGUGCAGGUCGAGAUGACCUGAAAGCUGACUGUAUUUUAUACUCUGGUUUUGGAGACAUAUUCAGAAUAAGUUCAAUGGUGGUAAUGGAAAAUGUAGGUCAACAGAAACUUUAUGAAAUGGUGUCAUACUGCCAUAAUAUACACAAAUGUCGCCGUAUGCUGAUAGCUCAACAUUUUGAUGAAGUGUGGAAUUCAGCAGCUUGCAACAAAAUGUGUGAUAACUGCCGUAAAGACAUUUCAUUUGAAAAGAAGAAUGUAACUGACUACUGCAGAGAUUUAAUCAAGAUACUGAAACAAGCUGAAAAACUAAAUGAAAAGCUAACACCAUUGAAACUUAUUGAUGCCUGGAUGGGAAAGGGUGUAGCAAAAUUGAGAGUAUCUGAUGUUGUUUCCCCUAAACUUCCACGUGAUGAAUUGGAGAAAAUUAUUGCUUACUUCAUCCUACAACAAUAUCUUAAAGAAGACUUCAGUUUCACAGCAUAUGCUACUAUUUCAUAUUUGAAAGUAGGCCCUAAAGCUCAUCUUCUGAACAAUGAGGCACAUAUAAUUACCAUGAAAGUAAAGAAAGACAUGAAAGGUUCUUUCAAGGUUGAAUUACCUCAGGUUUCUAAUUCUGAAAUGGUGACAAAGAUGGAAGAAAUGCAUUCGGGUAACUUCCAGAAUAUAGAUGUAAAGAAGGGUGGAAGUGUGCUUAAACAACCCCAUUCAGAGAUUCCAAAGGCAAAGAAAAGGAAGCUAGAUGACUAAAUUUUCCAAAAGAAGCAAAGUUGCACCUCACCUCAACAAAAGAUUAAUUUUUGAAUUGUUUCCUUUUAUGUACAUGGAACUACAUUUUCAGAACCUUAAGCAGUCUUUGGAUGAACAAUUUUUAUACUUUUUGAAAUAUUGCUGAUUUAAGAUUAUGAACCACUUGAUUUAGAAAACAGAAAACUAUCCAAUAUAAUGAAAUUUAAAAAAAAUGUAAAUUUUUAGAACACUGUUGAACGUCCUGAAUAUAUAACAUUCACUCAACUGCCAUAGCUAGCACUAUUAUCAUACCGCUUAUGUGUGUACUAACACACUAAAGGUUAUCAGUGUAGUGGCAGAAAAAGCACUGGCUUUGGAAUCAGAGAACCUGGACACAAACGUCACUUCUCAUGCUUACUACCUGCAUGAGAGUUCUUUCGCCUAUAAAAUGAAGGGAGAUUGGAUAGAUUAGUGGUGUCAAACUCAAACAGAAAGGAGGCCACUAAACUGCAUAUAAAGAUCCCAGCAGGUACAUAUUGACUUAGAAAAACCACAUAUUAACAUUAUGCUUUAUUCUAUUUUUAUUUUACCUUGUUAAGCAUUUCCCAAUUACAUCUUAAUCUGGUUUGGACCACAUGCUUCCCCAUCUUCCUCCCCUUGUUGAUAUUCUCAUAUUCAAAGAUAAUAAAUAUGCCUUAUAAUAUCAAGAGGCUCCAGAGCGUUUGUUACUGUUGUUAUAGGUGUAAAGCAAAAGAGCUCCAUUAUGAUCUAAUGCAAAGCUUCUUAAACUGGGUUGUGACCCCAUAUGGGGUUGCAUAACUGAAUAUGGGGGGGUUGUGAAAAAUUUGUUAACAGUAAAAGGUUAUGUAUACCUAUUUUAUAUACCUAUAUACUUGGGGCGGUGUGAAAAGGGGUUGCAAGUGGAAAAAGUUUAAGAAGUCCAGAUCUAGAGCAGCUAAAAUAAGUUAUUUGAUUAAAAACUUUAAAAUGGCACUAUUUAAAAGAACAUUUCUUGCUAAUUAAGUUUGGAAUAUUCUUGUCAUAUAUCUAUUUGACAAGCCCCCUUGUUAAAUCCUUUUUGAUAGUUUCAGCUUUUAAAUUGAUUUUUAAAAAGUAACUCCUUUAUAUCAGUAGUUUUUUUAACACAUUAUCCAAUAAAAUAGAUGGCUGAUAAAUAUCUGAGUGCACGAUAUCCAGAGUAUCAAAGUAUAUCACAGUUCGUUAACUGUAUCAUCUGAUAAACUAAAUUGAUGACAAAUAUUUGUGUAGUCAUGAUGUUCAAAGUAUCCACUUAUAAAGGAACCUCUAGUUUAGUAGAGAUGAAACAAGUAGUUUAUUUAGUUAGAAGUAAGUAAUACCUGUUACAGAACAUGAAUUGUUUUUUUUUUUUUUAAGUGAGGCAAUUGGGGUUAAGUGACUUGCCUAGGGUCACACAGCUAGUGUUAAGUGUCUGAGGCCAGAUUUGAACUCAGGUACUCCUGAAUCCAGGGCUGGCGCUCUAUCCACUGCGCCAUCUAGCUGCCCCCAGAACAUGAAUUUUUAAAAUGGUAGAUGCAGGUGGGAUUCCACAACUGACUAAGAAGUGCCUUUAGAGAUUAGCAGGGAUGGAAUGGCUCUGGUCAGCUAAAAAUUGUUUUCAGUUCGUUGGACUUUGCAUAAUUUAUUUUUCUAAAAGGGGUGGCUAAAAAUUCUAAAUAUGAAUUUACUAAGAAAUUCAAAAGUAAAAUGAGAAGAGUGAUAAAUUAGUUAAAAAAAAUUGGGUUAUAUGAUUACUGAGUGAAUUUGCAUUGCUGGAAUGGAAUAGGAUGUUCUGAUUUUCAAAGAAGGAAAGAGAAUAGAGUUUGCAAAGGAAAGGCCAAUGAAUUAGACUUCAGUUCCUUGCAAAAAACCAAACCAAAUCAAACCCCUAUUUAUUAGAGGUACAGCUAGGUGGCACAGUGGAUAGAGCACUGGGCUUGGAAUCAAGAA